AUGUGUGAGGCGAACUUGGAGCCCGACGUCUUCAGCUACAGCGCUGGGAUCAGCGCCUGCAAGAAUUGCGGGCAGUGGCAGCGGGCUUUGUCUCUGUUCGACGACAUGUGCGAGGCGAGGGUGGAACGCGACGCCAUCAGCUACAACGCUGGGAUCAGCGCUUGCGAGCAAGGUGAGCAGUGGCAGCGGGCAUUGUCGUUGUUCUGCGAGUUGUGGCAGGUAAGAUUGGAGCCCAACGCCAUCACUACAACGCGGGGAUCAGCGCGUGCGGGAAGGGCGAGCAGUGGCAGCGGGCCUCAGCCCUGCUCAGCGAAAUGCGGGAGGCCAGGUUGA